AUGUCGACCAAAUUCCGCCUUCACCCAGAACCAGGCACCGAGCGAAAAGGCCACUUCCAUCUCGGCAAAGCCAUCUACAGUACCAUCCAGCAUGGCGGUUUCGGUUCCUCCCUCCUCCUAAUGCAUGUCACCCUUCCCAUCUACGGCAUUUACGUACUCCUCAAUCGAACCGGUCACUGGACGCCUGAAUUUGAACGUGGACUCGCAUUCGCCAUCUCCCUUCUCCAAGGUAUUUCCCUCGGCACAUGCAUUGCUUUGUUCAUCCUCCGCUACUCCGCCUCCGGAAAAGCCGUCAAGGGUAGACGAAUUGAGAAGACGGCAACAGACCAAGAAGAAACAAGUCAACGCCGAAUCCAAGUCAUCCUUCGCAUCUCCAUCUAUCUCUUCCUAGCUACUAUCCUCUGGGAGUAUUUGGUACACUCCAAAUACAGCCCUAUUGCCGACGAACACGCGAGAGACACUUCAAGCGGGUUCUUAACUGCCACUGGGCCACUAAGGAGGUUCUUCAACAACGAGAGCAUUCUGCCAGAGGCAGGCGAGGCGAGAGAGGGAGUAGCAGCUGUAGGCUUAAACUUUGAUCUUAGGCACAAGGCAAAAGAUUUCAAGAAGCUUGUCGAUAACUCGCCAAGGAUUAGAAUUCCGGGGACUGAAGGUGGGCUGCCGCAGAAGAGUGUUUUUCUGAGAGCGUAUGAGAAAACUUGGAGGUUCUUGACUCAAGGUCCUAGACCGGGGAUGUUUGAGAUCGGACCUAAGGUUUUGAACUAA